GUACCGCAUACACACAGCAGACAAAUUGGCAAAAGACAGUUCAGCAAUCUUUUAAAACGAAAAAUGGACAUUUUUGAAAAUACUUUUAUAAGAGGCCCUUCGCCAUCAUACUCAGACGAAGCGAACUCGGAAACUGCCUUGUCCGUUACACUGCCUAUUGGAGGUGCCGACAUGGACCUGGCCCGGGUUGAUUCGAAGACGGACACUGUAAAUUUCUUCGAUGAGAAGUUCAAUUGUGCAUACGAUGAUGAUAGCUGUUCCCAUUUGCAUCCCAGCCGUAAAAGACGUAAUAGUUUUGCAUUUUGGAUCGCUGUCGUAGUCCUGCUAAUGUUGACAAUAGGCAAUUUGAUCCUGACUCUCACAAUUAUGGGCGUGCUACGUUUGGGGAAGGGUGUACAGGGCAUGGAGCUGAUUCCGGAAGUUGAUUUAGUUAAAUUCUAUGAUGAAACCGAUUUGGAUCGCAUCCAAACCAAUACAAUUGGAAUACACGGCUUUUCCGAUGUGCCCGUAUCGAUCAGCAGCGAUGGAGAAGACAGUGGAGUGCAUUUACGGGUCUUUCGCAAUGGUAAUGGUGCCACUUCCAGUGCCUCAAAUGAACGUGAUCGAGUUGUGCUCGACAAGGAGGGAAUUGCCAUAGAAGCCAAUGUCUUUGAAAUCAAAGAUCCAGUUGAUCAAUCGACAUUGUUUACAACCCACCGACCACAAUACAAUAUACCCGAUGGAAUGGAUGGUGCUCUACAAACCAAGGUGGCCAGUGUGAGCCGCGUUUCCAGCCCUAUUGACGCCCCUUUGCUUAUAGACAGUGACGGUCACAUUUCCAUCAAGGGCUCCGAGGGCGUGUUCCUCGAUGGGACUAUCAUAGAGCUGCACGUCGAGCAUCACGUCUCAGUUAACUCAACACAGGGCGCAACAGUAUUGGAAGCAGGCAAAGGAAUCUUCCUAGACAUGGAUCGCAUACCGAUUGUCAGUUCGGAGCUGGGUCUUCGCACUGGUAACGUGCAGUACAAGAUUUGCGUAUGCAUGCCGAUUGGCAUACUCUUUCGUAUAGCCAUUCCAAGAGUGCACAAUGGACCUAAAAUAUCUUGUGCCCAUUUCGACAGCCAGUUUGAUCCAUGUGAGAUUAACUAAGUAUGCAAUUAAAUCAAUACAAUAUCAAAUAAAGUAUCCCUAUUAGAAAUGUUA